AUGCCCGCUACUGUUAAGCGCCCCCUGUGGAGCCUGUUGCUCCCGCAGACCUACACGAGCCGUGUGCACGCAUUGGCCUUUCACGCCCCCACUAUUGUAUUCAUGAUCGCAGUCUGCGCUAUCGUUUCCAAGCAGUCGUACUAUCGCUCGAGCCUGGCGGACGAGGACCCCAAGACGUACGACAGGAUUGACCGCCGCGCCUACGUAGCCCUCCCAGAUGGUCGCAUGGCUCUGGUAUACCCUAUCAUCGACACGCAGACGAGCUUCACCCGAACUAUCAUAUCCUUCCUCGAUGCCGUGAACCCCUUUCCAUAA